UUCACUGCGUCUUCAACUCUCGCGAGAGUUGACCGAAAGUUUUCACCAGGAAAACGCAAAACGUUCCCUCUGAGGUCUCAGGUUUGUUUUCUUACGCUGCCAGGCAAAUAAGCAACGUUGCUUUGUGGUCCGGUACCCACAGGUUACCAUAAAUAGUCAUCAAAAUGGCAGAGGACGAGAAAUAUGUCUGCACUCUGAGCUCGGCCAUGAAGAAACUUGCAGAAGACGAGCUGAACGAGACGGACUUGAACCGCGACAGGGACAUCCAGGCCCUUCGGGAGAAGGUGAGGGGGAUGCCGGGACUGAACUCCCGCACGGACGGAGGGUUUCUGGUGCGGUUCCUGCGCACACGGAAGUACAACGUGGAGAGGGCUUUUCAGCUUGUCCAGUCAUACUACAAGGCGAGAACAGACGCUCCCGAGUUCUUUGACAACUUCACCCCAUCGUCCGUACGGCACGUGCUGGAGUCCGGGAUUAUAGCGGUGCUGAGGGAUAGGGACAGGGAGGGCAGGAGAGUCAUGGUCUUCAGAAUCGACAAAUGGGACCCUGUCGUCAUCACAUUGGCGGAUAUCUUCAAAGCGGGGUUCUUACUGAUGGAAAAAAUCAUCGAGGAGGAGGAGACACAAGUGGCCGGGGUGGUGUUUGUUGAGGACCUGGCGGGAAUGACUGCGAAUCACGUGUACUAUGCCUCGAGUCCUACACUGAUGUACAAGGGGUACGGAGCCUUUCAGAAUGCCUUCCCCUGUAGGAUUAAGGGUGGUCACUACUUGAACGAGUCUCCGCUGUUUGAUGGAGUUUUUGCCAUCAUCAAGCCAAUCUUGUCAGAGAAGAUCAAAUCUAGGAUCCAGAUGCACGGUAAGGUGUACAGCACCCUGCAUGCGUGUGUGGGGAAACAUGUCCUGCCACCCGAGUACGGAGGGGACGGACCGGACUACGACGACUCUGUCAAACUGUGGACUGACAGACUCAUGGCGUCUGAACAGGACUUCAUCAAGUUCAACAAGAAGGGAUUUGUUACCCACGGAAACCUGGGGACGAGCGCCACUGGGGACGAGACCAUGUCAGGAAUGGCGGGAAGCUUCAAAAAGCUGAACGUCGAUUGAGCUUUUAAGAGUGAAAAUCUUAGAUGAAUUGAACUUGACUGAAGAAAUAUGCAGUGUUGUAAGACCAUGUCCUCUUAUUUCGCACCUCAAUAACGAAUCUGAAUCUCCUUCAUUGUUUAUGGAAUUGUAUCAAUCGCUCAUCAUUCAAAGUGGGACUUGUACAUGUAGAUAUUGCUGUUGACGAAAUAUUUUGGCAAAGAAAAAGAAAUUGUCUUCUUCAACUAAUUUCUUAAAAAUAAUACAGAUGACAAGCAGAUCAAAACCACAUGUAAUUUUCAAAGCAAUUCUAAUUUUGAUUGAAAAUACACUUUGCUCUAUUACUGCAAGAGGGCGUACCUACACAAUCAUCGAAUAUAUGCGUGAAGUAUUGUAAUUCCAUGCCAUGCAGCACAGUAAGAGCAGCCCAUAAACCAGUUUGAUACAAAAUAAAAAUAUAUUGUGUAGAUACACAGAUAUCUGUCUUCAUUUUUGAUUCUGUAAGUUUCCAUAUGUUGAAGUGACAUUCAUUUCUUUUUGUCAUAGUUCAUAAGUCUAGAUACUUUCCUCCACGAGACUUGAAACUUGAAAAAUUCUACGAAAUAAGAUUUUGAGCAAUCACUCAUCAAUUUGUCUCAUAACACUUUUCUGUACAAGCUUUCUUCUGUAAAUAGAACAAAUGUGGCGUGACAAAGGAGCAGAAAGAAACGAAAUGGCACCGCGUAGAAAAAA